AUGGCUAAUAAUAUUAUACAACAGCAGCAUCAACAUCUAAAUCAUGAAAAUGAUAAUUGGAAAAAAAAUCUACGGUUUCCACCAAAAGAUAAUCGGCCGCAAACUGAGGAUGUCACUAACACAAAGGGUAAUGAAUUCGAAGAUUAUUUCCUUAAACGUGAACUUCUGAUGGGUAUAUUUGAGGCCGGAUUUGAACGCCCAUCACCUAUUCAAGAAGAAUCUAUACCUAUCGCAUUGACUGGUCGAGACAUCCUCGCCAGAGCCAAAAAUGGCACAGGAAAAACGGCGGCAUUUGUAAUUCCUGCUCUAGAAAAAAUUAAUACAAAAAAACCAAAAAUUCAGGCACUUUUGCUUGUCCCAACAAGAGAAUUGGCCUUACAAACAUCACAAGUAUGUAAAAUGCUCGGAAAACACAUGGGAAUUCAGGUGAUGGUGACAACUGGAGGUACAACGUUAAAAGAUGAUAUUUUGCGACUCAAUGAAGUUGUACAUAUUGUGGUUGGUACGCCGGGGCGUAUUCUGGAUCUCGCCGGAAAGAAUGUUGCUGAUUUCAGCGAAUGUCCAACUUUCGUUAUGGAUGAGGCUGACAAAUUAUUGAGUCCUGAAUUCUCUCCAAUUGUCGAACAACUUUUGAAGUAUUUCCCUAAGGAUCGACAAAUAAUGUUGUAUAGUGCUACUUUCCCCUUAAUUGUAAAAAGCUUCAAGGAUAAACAUUUAGUAAAACCAUAUGAAAUUAAUUUAAUGGACGAACUUACGCUCCGCGGCGUUACACAAUAUUAUGCUUUCGUUGAAGAACGACAAAAAGUGCAUUGUUUGAAUACAUUAUUCUCAAAGCUCCAAAUAAAUCAAUCCAUUAUUUUCUGCAAUUCAACAAACCGUGUCGAACUUUUAGCCAAGAAAAUCACUGAACUUGGAUAUUCAUGCUUUUACAGUCAUGCGAAGAUGCUGCAGAGCCAUCGUAAUCGUGUUUUUCACGAUUUUAGGAAUGGCGUUUGUCGUAAUUUGGUCUGUUCCGAUCUAUUGACUCGUGGUAUCGAUAUUCAAGCCGUGAAUGUUGUAAUCAAUUUUGACUUCCCCAAAAAUGCCGAGACCUAUCUUCAUCGUAUUGGACGAUCAGGAAGAUUUGGACACCUUGGGCUCGCUAUUAAUCUCAUUACAUACGAAGAUCGAUUCAAUCUUUAUAAGAUAGAACAAGAACUUGGUACUGAGAUUCAACCCAUCCCCCCUGUUAUUGACAAACGUCUGAAUAACAAUACGGGACGAUCAGGCGGAGUUGGCGUCAAAGCUGCAUCUUAA